GAUAUUAAAAAUCGAACGUGAAGAAGAGAAAGGGUAGCGAAGAUGGAGGCUGGUGGCGGUAGUUUGGAGGAGGGGGAGAAGAAGAGGCUUGUGGAGACCUUCGUUGGCAUCGCCCCUACCACUCAGGAAGGCGCCCUCUUCUUCCUCGAGAGCCACGGCUGGAAUCUGGACUCCGCCAUCGUCUCCUUCUACGACCACCAGGCCGAUUCUCAGGACCACCUACGAGACUGGAAUCUGGAGUCCGCUAUCGUCUCCUUCUUCGACCACCAGGACGAUCCCCAGGGCCACCGAUCGCCCCUCCACCGAGGCCAGGACGACGAGGACGAAGAAUACCUCCCAACGGAGGAAUCCCUUUCCGCUGCGCCACAGCUGCGCGUGACGCGUUCGACGGCUGCUGCCGCUGCCGCUGCGUCGCUACCCCGAGCGACUCGGUCGGCAGCGGCACCCGGUUCAAGAGGGGAUCAGAAGGCAUCCAAGCCCUCUGGAAGCCGGUCGACCAUCCGUACCCUUGCGGAUUUCAACAGGAGAGCAGAUCCGGACAUUGACAGCGACGAGGAUGGGCCGCAGGAGUACUACACCGGUGGCGAGAAAAGCGGCAUGCUUGUUCAAGAUCCUGCAAAAGGUGGCAAUAAUGUAGAUGCGAUAUUUGAACAAGCCCAGAGAAUGGGCGCUGGCCAAGGGCCUUUUGAGCCUUCACAAUCCUCUAGUUCAAGAAGUUUUACUGGAACUGGUAGGCUUUUGUCUAGUGAAUCAGUACCGCCUGCUCCUACUGCUCCUGCUCCUACUGCUCCUGCUCCUGAUCGACCAGAAAAUAUCAUGCACAACAUUUAUUUCUGGAGGAAUGGAUUUACUGUGAAUGAUGGUCCAUUAAGGAGGUUUGAUGAUCCUGAGAACGCUGCCUUUCUGGCGAGCAUUACAAAGUCCGAAUGCCCCAAAGAGCUUGAACCAGCAGAUCGGAGAACUGCAGCAAAUGUGAAUCUCAUACGCCGGCAAGAAGAUUAUUCUGAACCUGUGAGACGAACUCCUGCAUUUCAAGGUGUAGGAAGGACUCUCGGAGGUGGAUUGUGUGAUAAGUCAGCCACUGAGGCUACAGCUGCUGCAUCCAAUGCUGUUGCUCCAUCAUUAUCAGGCCUUUCGGUCGAUGCCCUCUCGCCGUCCACUUCAAUUCAGCUAAGGUUAGCAGAUGGCGCGCGCAUGGUGGCAAGCUUCAACCUGCGUCAUACUGUAGGCCACAUCAGAGCAUUCAUUGACGCAUCGAGGCCUGGUUCGUCUAGGACUUACCAGUUGCAGACAGUUGGUUUUCCGCCCAAGCAACUGAAUGAUCUCGACAAGACGAUCGAUGAAGCAGGCCUUGCGAACUCAGUCAUCAUUCAAAAAGGCUAGUUUUCCUUUAUUUGCAUUGCUAUUGGACUAGGUAGUCUCAUCGCAACUCUGCUGAAACUAUCUGAAAAAACCUUAGGGAAUUGCUUCUGAUACUUAACUGAUAGAAAAUAUCAUGAAAUCUUCUUGGUGCCA